AUGCAGCCCAAUUCUAAUCUGAUGUUUUUUAUGUCAACUACGUGGAUUACUAUACUUAAUCCGGUAACAUGUAAACCUGACUUGGUUGGCUGCAGGUUGUGGACUGAUUCUAAGUUAACUGAUUUAUUAAUGAAUGGGGACUUCAUGCUUGGAGGGGUUUUUGCCAUCCAUGACUCCUUACAAUUAGAACAAAUUUCCUAUACCAAGUUACCAUCACAGUUACAGUGCUAUGGCAUGGAUUUCAGGGAAGUGCGAUUUGCCCGUGCUAUGGAGUUCACUAUUCAAGAAAUCAACAACAGAACAGAUUUACUUCCCGGGAUUAAAUUAGGAUAUCAGAUUCAUGAUACAUGCUCCACUGUGGCAAUGGCAAUAAAAGUUGCAUUUCAGCUUUCAAAUGGUUUGGAACCCGACUUCAAAUACACUGACUCCUGUUCAAAUUUGGCAAGUGCUGCUGUAACAGCUGUCAUAGGAGACUCCUCUUCCACACCAUCAAUCAGCAUAGCCAGAGUCCUUGGUCUUUUUGGAAUUCCACUGGUGAGUCACUAUGCAACCUGCUCAUGUCUAAGUGAUAAGCAUCAGUAUCCUGCUUUCUUCAGGACCAUCCCAAGUGACCAACACCAAGCAGCUGCACUGGCAAGAAUGGUCAAGCAUUUUGGUUGGACAUGGAUAGGAGCAGUGCGUAGCGACACAGACUAUGGAAAUUAUGGAAUGGCAUCCUUUCUAAAGGCUGCACAAGGGGAAGGGAUAUGUGUAGAAUAUUCUGAGGCUUACUACAGGACACAGCCACACAGUAAACUGGAACGAGUUGCAAAUGUCAUUCGAGCAUCAACAGCACGAGUAAUAAUAGCAUUUAUGGCAUUGGGUGAUGUAAAACUUCUUUUAGAAGAGCUAUCACGGCAGCCACUGCCUCCACUUCAGUGGAUUGGAAGUGAAACUUGGAUCACAGAUUCUGAUUUUCUGCGCUAUAACAUGUGCGCUGGUGCAAUAGGAUUUGCCGUUCCCCGGUCUGUUAUUCCUGGCCUUCGUAAAUUUCUUUUAGAUCUAACCCCCGCUAAAGCAUUAGAAUCGCCCCUGUUGACAGAAUUUUGGGAAAAGUCUUUCAACUGUUACCUUAAAGAGAGAACUAACAACACAAAGGUCAAACGAGAAUGUGAUGGCAGUGAAGACAUUCACACACUUCAGAACCCAUACACAGAUACAUCUCAGCUGCGAAUCACUAAUAUGGUUUACAAAGCAACGUAUGCCAUAGCUCACGCCAUCCACGGACUCAUUUGUAAUGAAACACAGUGUGACAAAAAUAUACAAUUUUCACCAUGGCAGAUAAUUGACCAGCUCAAAAAAGUAAAUUUCACUACAAGAAAUGGAUUUAAGGUCUCAUUUGAUUCUUUUGGAGAUCCUCCAGCUUUAUAUGAGCUCAUAAACUGGCAGUUUAAGAAGGAUGGCACUUUGGAGUUUAUCACAGUGGGGCAGUAUGACUCACUCAGACCAAGAGGACAGGAGUUAAAAAUAAGCAAAAAUAUCAGCUGGGUUGGUGGACAGGAAGAGGUGCCAGUUUCUGUGUGCAGUGAGAGCUGUCCUCCAGGAACCAGGAAAGCUUUACAGAAGCAAAGACCUGUUUGCUGUUUUGACUGUAUACCAUGUGCUGAAGGAGAGAUCAGUAACCAGACAGAUUCAUUGGGUUGUGUGCAUUGUCUUCCUGAGUUCUGGCCCAAUGCCAAGCAAGACAGCUGCCACCCAAAGCCUGUUGAGUUCUUGUCCUGGGAUGAAACAUUAGGCAUCAUCCUGACAGUAUUCUCCACUGCUGGAGCCUUCAUGGCUCUAUCUGUGAGUGUACUAUUUUAUAAGCACAGGACCUCACCUAUUGUUAGGGCUAAUAAUUCUGAACUUAGCUUUCUAUUGCUCUUCUCCCUGACUUUAUGUUUCCUCUGUUCACUUACUUUCAUUGGUCGGCCAUCUGAGUGGUCCUGUAUGCUGCGCCACACAGCCUUUGGGAUUACCUUUGUACUCUGCAUCUCCUGUGUUCUGGGAAAAACAAUAGUGGUGCUAAUGGCCUUCAGGGCUACACUUCCAGGCAGUAAUGUCAUGAAAUGGUUUGGGCCUCCACAGCAAAGACUGAGUGUGAUUUCUUUUACUCUCAUACAGGUUCUUGUUUGCGUUCUCUGGUUAAAAAUAUCUCCACCUACCCCAUUAAAAAAUUUUAAACAUUACAAAGAAAGAAUUAUCUUAGAGUGUGGCUUAGGUUCAGGUUUAGGAUUCUGGGCUGUACUAGGAUAUAUAGGAGUUCUAGCACUUUUGUGUUUUAUUUUAGCUUUUCUAGCUCGGAAGUUACCUGAUAAUUUUAACGAAGCCAAAUUUAUCACUUUUAGCAUGCUCAUAUUCUGUGCAGUUUGGAUCACAUUUAUUCCAGCUUAUGUCAGCUCUCCUGGAAAAUUCACUGUAGCUGUUGAAAUAUUUGCUAUUUUAGCCUCAAGUUUUGGUUUGAUUAUUUGUAUUUUUGCCCCAAAAUGUUUUAUAAUCAUUUUUCGGCCUGAUCAAAAUACCAAGAAGCACCUUAUGGGUAAAGUUCCAUCUAAGACUAUUUGA